AUGCCUCGUAAAGGUAAAGGAUCAAAAGGCAUCCUCGGAGUGCCAAAACGGGCAGGGACACAAGUGUUUGCGUUUGGAAGACACGCCGAGCCAUUGCCUUCAGACGAAAGCGAUGAUCCAGACUUCAUUCCAGAAGAAGACGAGACAUCAACAAACGCUGCAAGCACAUCACGUAAUGGUUAGUUUUAACUUGAGUUUCUCCGAUCCGAUCGAGGUCUUUAGCAUUCUAUUACCGUACAGGGCCGGUUGUUCAAAGCUGGGUUAAGAUAACCCAGGGUUAGUGCGAAAUUUGAAUUCAGAUAUGAAGGAUUAAAAAGAAAAUUCAGUUUAAUUCUUUUUGUCAACAAGUUGAUGAUUGGAUGCUCUUAGAAUGACCGAGAAAAUUAUCUGAGAAAAUACUUUUGAACAAAAGAAAAAGAAACCCGGGUUAAAUUUAACCUCGGGUUAAGCACUAAUGGACCUUCGAACAACUGGGUCCUGGCGAAAAAUAGUGUACGUUGGCUGUUGCGCCGCAAGAACACGCAAGCUACGGCAAAAAGUGACGAACCGAUCCGAUCAAGGUCUUUUAUAGUAGUUUUAGUUAUUUUGUUUCAUUUCUGAAUAGCUUACCUAGAAGAAUAUUAAGAACAAAAGUGCAAACUUAAAAGGAAGACAUAAAAACAAGCAACUAAGUCAUCAAAUAAACAGAAACAAAAUGGCCAAGUUAAAUGUUAUGGGCUUUUCAAUUGGUGUAAAAUUGGACGAGGUUGAUUAGGGGACGGUUUGAAGUAUCUGGGCACAGUUGUCAGGAUCAAGGUUCCAAGCCGGAAGUACUUACCAGAAUUCCACAGAAGACAGCAGCGCUAGCAAGACUGAAGACCAUCUGGAAUGAUAUGCAUAAUAAUCUCUCUUAGCUCAAAGAUCAGACUUAUGCACUCCCUGGUAAUCUCAUUGUAACAAUGACGCCCGGAUGGCCGUGUAAUAAACCAGAUUUAACUUUAAAAGGAACUACACUUUAUUCGGCCGCCAUGACACCCGGAAAGCAUGGCCCACACAAAUAUCCAUGAUCCUUUGCACGUUUACAGUAACCAAGAACUUCCGCUAACACAACUUCCGGUAGACAAUAAUAUCGAUACAUUACACUCAUUACUGUUGUAUGCCUGUGAAACCUGGACAAUAACAAUAGACAUCCAGAAGAAAUUGCAGGCCACUGAGAUGAGAUGCUUUAGGAAACUGCUUGACAUCAUUAACAGGAGCAUGCCGGAUGCUGGAUGGGUUAAGGUUUUUGGGUUUGAAAAAUUUGGGGUUUGAAAUUUUUGUUUCCCUUAUUUUGUUAGGUGGGAGAAUUUGGCGGGUAUUUUUUGGGUGGCUUGAUUUAAGAGGGGUUUUUUGGGGGUAUUCAAAAGAAUCUGAAUAUUGGUGGUAGUGCCCGCGUUUACCACCAAACUUGUUUUGCUUUCUGGAAAUUUUUAAGGCUUUGGAAUUCAAGUUUUUGGGUGUUAAUAUUUGGUCCAGGGAUUUUAUUGGGUUUUGUUGGAAGCCCUAGGGAUCCCCCCCCCCCUCCCCCGAGGGUUUAGUUGGCACUAAGUAUGAUCUAACUGUCGCUGCAGGCCAGGAUGACAAGGUUUAAAUAACCCAUUCAUCUACAUGUAUGGCAAAACCCUUCUUGAUUUGAUUUAACGUUUUUUUUAUAACUGGCUCUUGGAUUUUAGCCUCCUAUGCAGAUGUUCUUAGGGCUUCAUCAAUGUCUGCUGAAAUAAGCAGUUAAAUUCCUUUCCCUUUGUUUGGCACUAAGUGAUUGUUUGAUAAAAGGCCAAUCAUGAGUAGAAAAUUAAGUGCUGACAGGCCAAACAGGAGUCACAAGCUCACAUAGUGUGAUAUGGACUAUUCCUUUUUAUUUAAGAUAUUAGUGCAUGGAAGCUCUUUGAUUACAUGAAGUAUUGAAUUUGAAGGAUGUUGGAGGUUGGAUUUGAACUAGGUACCAUUUUCUCAUUGAGAUGUUCUUAAGGUUAUGUAGGCAAAGGCAGGGUGUGACGUGCUAGAUGUAAGAGAAAUAUGCUUUGUUGUAGUAAAGCUGACUUCUGUCAGUAAAUUUAACCUCAAUUAAUGUAAUUAUUGUUUAUGAGAUGUUGGGGGUAGUCUCCAGGACAGAGGCAUGUUAUUCUCAUCGGCGAGUUUGGUCUAAGAAAUCUACAGGGGCUUUUCCUGGUAGAGGACCUUCUCUGACUUUGCUGACCUUUUCUGGAGUUGCAUGCCACAGGUCUUGCCCUAAAUUUUUCAUUGUUUAAAAUGCACUUCCCAGAUGUGUAAGUGUGCUGUGAUUGGUAUACAGUCUGUAUUUUAUUAACCACUCAUUUCAGCAGGCAUUUGCCAGGGAGGAUUGUGUGACUAUAAGCCAAAAGAACAUCUAUGUGAAAGGUUAAUUGAAUGCUGGAAUAUUCACAAUAAUGUUGUUUCCUUUUUAGUGAAAACCAAGAGAAAUAAAGAAGAAGGACAUGCUUCAAAAAAGAAAAAGCUUGAAAAAAGGAAAAAAGCAGAUCCUAAGAAGAAAGACAAAAAAGGAGCUGAAUCUAAGUCUAAUCCCCCAGUGCAGCUAUCGAAAGGAUGGUCAGAGCUUAUUCCAGUAGAACUCCUCAUGAUAAUAUUUCAGCAUGCAAUGAAGCAAAUUAUAGGAUCCAAAAUACCUUUCUUGUGUAGGUGAGAGUUCAGACAUCAACAUUAUAUAAUGACUGUAACAUGAAAAUUUUCCUUACUACUGAAUUAUUUAAUUUUUAUUGCCAAAUUACAUUGUACAACAUUCUUCCACUAAAGUUUGACUUCUUCCCUAUUGCAAAUUUGGGGAUCCAGCUAAGGAAAUGCUGACCAGGUUUUUUUACUCAAAUACACCUUUCAUUUACAUGGCUCAAAAGAAAAUUGAAUUUCAGCUUGUCCUUUGAGCAAGCAGCUAUCACAUUUUGCUUGGUUUGGGCCACUGCUAACUUGUCUUUAGUUAAUUAUCUUGUUAGAGGAUGACUUGCUUGGACUCUUGCCCAUUGGCCAAGCAAGCUUUAAAAGUUACUUGUCCAAUCAAGAAAAUCUACCCGUCCUGGACUACUGGUUGGGACUUCUGGAUCAUUAUAUGUUUCAAGGAAACUGCCCACUUACCCCUCCCCUAAGCCAACCCUUUGCCCUAAGUCAGAAGUAAGUGUUAAUGUUGGCUUAAGGGAGGAGUAGCAGUCCCGGAUCCAGACCUCGAGAUAAUGCGGGGAUGGGGGGCAGUUAUCAAGACCUUUAGAUAAUGGGGCGGUGGAGGGGGGGGGGGGGUUUGGCACAGUCUCCCCCCCAAAUUUUUUGGUCCUUUGGGCCUCAGUUUGCUCUAAAAAUAAGGGGGGAGGGGGCUGGCCCCCCGGGCCCCUCCCCUUGAUCCACCACUGGGUAGGUGGGCAGUUUCCCAGGAAUGUAUAACAAUCUGGACUUUUUCAAGCCCUAUCAAUUUUAUACCAUGUCCUUAACCAAGAAAGAAAUCUCUUGAAAUUAGAUUACAGUUCACUGUAAAAUUUAAAAAAAGAAAUUUGCCUUAUACGGCAAGGCCAAAAUAGUCAAUGUGUAUAGCUUUAUGUUUCAGGAGAAGUGGGAUGUUUUCGUUUGAGAAUUUUUGUGGGUGACAAAUGCAACCUUUAAUGUAUAUAGACUGACUGAUUAUGCUCUCAGUUUUGUUUUGUUUGUUUUUCUAAUUCUCAUUCUAAUUACCAGUCUCUGAAAUGCUGCCAGUUACAGUAGCAAUUAUUAUUAAAGCAUAUGUACCAGAAAAUUUGGUUCAUCUAAAUUUUGAUCUGUUAAGUUCAUAGUAUAGCAGGGAUGGAAAAAGUUCCAUCCAGUAGUCAGGGACAAGUAGAUUUUCUUGCUGGGCAAGUAUAUUUUAAAGCUUACUUGACCAGUGGACACUUUUAAGGCCCAGUCACCAAGUCAUCCUCUAACAAAAACAUUAACUAGGACAAGCAAGAAGUGGCUCCAGGCGAGAAAAAUGUGCAACCUGCUUGUCCAAAGGACCUGAGCUGGAAUCCAAGUUUCAAGCUCUGUGUGGACAAUACACUUGUCUUUCUUUUUUUCAUGAUUGUCAGGAUGUCAAGGGUUUGUCGCCAUUGGAGGCAGGUUGCAUCAGAACCAAGGUUAUGGAGGACGGUGAAUUUGUCAACUUCAUAUGUGAAAAUUUCAGCUUCACCUUCAAUUCUGCAACAACUGGCACCUGAACGAUUGAAAUAUGUCAGGCAACUUUUCCUUGGUGGGUGGAGCAAACUGACAGAUAAAGGAAUAGAAGUAUGGUAACAUCUGAUUUUUAAUUUUUUAAACUUAUUAUUAAAAGUUUUCUCUUUUAAUGUCUCUAUCAAUACUUGGCCAAAUUAAGUCACAUGUGCCAACUUAUACAUGUAGCCGCUACAUGUAACUCACAGGCAUUAUGCACAUGCCUGCUGAUUGAAAACAUUGAACACACCCUUAUAAUACAAGACAAUUAAAUUGUCUCAUUUACUAACUACAGAUGUGAAAAUUGAUGAAGUAGGUGGCAUUGCUUAUCUUGCCGAGAUAUGUGUGAUCAAUAAUAAUGGCACCUAGAUUUGUCGCUCCAUACUGCUACAUUUGGCAACCUUUGGAAAUCACUGUAACAUUUAUCUUGGAGAAUCUUUGGUAAUGUUUGGAAGUUGUCAGAACUUUUUCAGCACCGUUCGAAAGUCAUUGGAAUUUUUUUCGGAAAUAUGAGUACUAUGUAUACAUUUUUACAGGUCAAUUUAAUUUCAGGUAAAUUUUGAUUAGCCUAGGUUGAUUUUCAAUUUCUUUCAUCCUCUAACCCUAGGAGACAAGGGAAAUUGAGAAUCCAGAAUCUAGGUUAAAGAAAUUUAACCUGAAAUCAAAUUUAACCUGUAACAUAUAAUUAUCCAAAAAUUACAUGCAUUUGAACUAGGGAAAAACAGUAUAAUCAGUUGAAUUAGGAAAAGAAAAAGUAUACUAUAUUGUUUAACUCAAGGGCUUACUGUUAUAUGUACUCAUAUUAUUGAUUUUCACUGUAGGCUAUAGGACAGCACUGUAAUGAACUCCAAACCAUUGGGCUUUCUGAAUGUGAGAGCUUAACUCCUCGGGGUAUCACAUCACUUGUCACCAAAUGUUGCCACUUAACAAGUAUUGAUGUCAAAUCUACAAAUGUAAGAAAAAUUACAAUUGCUUUUCUGCCUGGCCUUUUACCCCUUCUUUCUUAAAUGCUGUUGGUCUGUCAGGGUAUUUCGCAGAAUGUUGAAUGGCCAUGGUACAUGAAAUGUCCUCUGUAACACUACUGGGGGUGCAUGUACAUGUCAUUGGGUACAUGUAAGUGGAACUUGAUGAAUUCGGUUCAUCCAUAAUAUUAACCAUUUUAUUUAAAUCAUUUAGUUUUCAGACGCCCUAGCCCUUCAGUGGCCUUUCAGCAUUUUGUAAAAUGCCUCUGCCCCGUGGGGUCACUCCUUAUAAUGGCCUCCGCCCGAAAGGGGUAGCAUUUUUUCAUCCGUUUAAUAUUCUAUUUGAACCUUUGUUUUAAACUCAUUAUUAUGUGAAAUGUAAACCAGGGAUAAAAUCAAACCACAACAUACAAAAGGCAAACAAAUCAUAGUUUAGCAGUUGGUCAGAGUCACUUUCCAGGCACUAUUCCUUUCCAUGAAUUCCUCUUUUCUACAUUUUUUGCCCCGCUCUCCUCUAUUGUGAGCUGUUUCCCACUGUCUGAACAUCUUGGACACUCAUAGCUAUAAGGGGUAUAGAAUUGUAAAUUAAGUGUUUCUAUCUAUUCCCAUCCGGAGACUUGACUUCUAAAAAAUGCGAGCUGGAGACUCUACCUGCUGAAAAUUUCAAGACAAUGGUACAAAAAAAGCUAAAAUAAAAUGACCGAAAAUCUGUGCUCAUGAACUCUAAAAGACCAAAUAGAAAAAAGCAAUACAUUGUAAAUCCAUGAGACUCCCUGUGGUGGCAUUUGGCAUUGAAUUUUCAUUUUCUUCAGAAUGAGAAGUGAGUUACAAAGUAGCGAGUUGAAAUUUUGGAUGUUAGAUCCACUGAAAUGCACAUAACAAAGUGAUACAUGCCACUUCAUGUUUCUGGACCUUUUUUGGAAACACUCACUCCACAAUGUUUAUAUUGUUGCAGAUUGACAUCAAUUGUCUGAAACAUAUUGUUAAACAAUUAGGAAGUCAGCUGGAGACACUGUGGUUGGCAAAUUGCUGUCGUGUUACUGGCACUCAUAUACUUCCAGUUAUUCAGGUAUUUUGAUGUAAAUCCUCAUUUAAGCGUCUUCUCAAAUAAGUGCCUCUUCCUCUUAUCUUUUAAUUUUGACUGUGACACUUCAUAUAGACUGAUCCAGUUUGAUUUACUUGUUGAUUGAUUUGAUUUGAUGUAUUAAUUGAAAUGGAAAUUCAAAUGCAAAACCUCUAACUUCAUGUGCCUGAACUUUCCCACUUUGCAUUCUAAUAUGGAAAUUUAAAACCUUCUUCUUCGUUAAAUUAAAUGAGCACCCCUCUAUUUAGGCCUCUCCCCUCCCCCCUCAAAUAAUUAUGCUAGACAUAAAUAAGACUCCCAGGGGCUUGGAUUUGCCAUACAUGUACUUGCAAAUAAACUAAAUUACUUUGACAUUACAAGUAUGUAUAAAUUCUAUUAAAAUUAUCUUGCAUACAUGUACAUGUAGGUAUUUAUUCAGUUUUCUGAGUAAGGAAGAUGCUAUUAAAACAUUUAAUUUUUCUUUUCAAUUUAUUUUACAGGAGAAUUGUCCAAACUUGAUAGACCUUGAUGUUAGCGGUACCAACAUUCGAAAAAUUCACAUAGAAAAACUGCAGGUAUGCUUCUGUCUUCUGUCUUCCAUAGAAACUGUAACACUGUUCAGUCGUAUCCUGAGCGGAAAGAUGGGGACUGGACCGUUUCAUGAAAGUUGAUGUGUCUGGAAAGUUGAUUGUUGUUUACAUUCAAGAUUUCUAGAGGUUUGAGUAAUUUUGCAUAUAACAUGAUUAUCAAACUAUCAGUAGAAUGGGCUGGUUUGUUAGCUUGGAGACAUGCUCUUGUUCUUAAGAUUUUGAUUUGAAUGUUCGAUUUUGGUCCCAAAAAGUUGGCCCGAGAAACCAGACACAGGGCAGUCAGAGUUAUGUUUUAUAUCUUUUUCAGGAGCCUGUGUAGCUGGUGGGAUGUUUUGACAAAAAACAACAGCACUUCCCAGCGAUAUUUUGUUUACUUGUCUUAUUGUGAUUAACAUGUUAAAAAAAACAACAGACAAACAACUACAACCAUUAGCCUUGCAACCAAAUAGUCUCCUUCACAGCCACUCGGGCUGGAGUCAUGCACGCUGGCGGGGAGCUUGCAUGACUCCUGCCUGAGCAACUACAAAGGAGAGUAGCAACCCACCAGAUUUUAUUCAUUGAAGUUUGCCUUAAGCAAAAAGUAUCAAUGAAAGUGGCUAGUAUUCAUACCCUUUUCAUGUGACCACCAUUGCCUUGGGCCAUGCAAACAGCUUGUGUUCCUUUAUGUUAUCAGCUUUUCCUACAUGUACAUGUAAAUCUGGGACCUGGAUCUGUUUUCAACUUUUGGGCCAUAAAAGUGUAUUAUGGAGACUCAGAGCUUGAGAACCUUCGCGUGGCACACAUUGAAACUUACCGUAUGAUAACUGAUCCUUUCUUUGUGUUUUACAGGCUGGCUGUCCUAAACUAAGACGCCUUAUGUUGGCAAAUCUGUUACUUAACUCCAUACCAAAAACCAAUGAAAAGGUACAGUAAACUGAUACGUUAUGGAUAGUAGAGUACAUACAUUGCUGAGGGGGUCCACUGGCGUACAAUUGAAUAGAAGCUAGUUUAGACUCAGGAAACCCAACAAAUAUGCACACUUUGAAAGUUCGGCCAAAUGCUCUAAGUUAGUAUUUUUUGAGAGCCAGUGUUGGGACUGGCUGAUGCUCAAGUCUCAUCAUUCACCAGUUUAGAAAUUUGAAGGAAACUGGUCCGAGUUAGCUUUUGCAAAGACUUCUGGGCUGUUUCUAGGGAUGGGGAAAACAGGCAAUAGCUGACUGUCGCGUCUCCAGUAACAAUCCCAGAGACAACUGUGGGACACAAUUCACCUCAGUGAGCUCUAGUGAAGUCCCCUUCUUGUUCUAAAGUGGUGAAUGGCCAUAGUUUGUUUUGACACACAGAGGUGAGUUUCAAACCGGCUUUGCCUUGUUAUCUUCUUUCAUCCUUAAAUGUUAAAGCCAUUUGACAUGCAAUGCUGUCAACGUUGUUGAACCAGUGCAAGCGUGGCACUUUUCCUUGUUUUUUGAAAAUUAACGUGAUGAAAUAUUCAUGUUUGCUGAGGGAAUGUCUUGGCUUUUAUACCACAUCGUGCUAGCACAAAGUUCAUCUUGCUCUCUGGAUCUAACUUUGUCCUUCAUUUCCUUUCAGUCAGCAAAUGGUUUUCCUGAUCUUGAGGUGGUGGACCUUUCUUGUGAUUACUAUGGACUUGAUCGUAGAAAUGAUCAGCUGUUAUACAGGUGAGAUAGCAAUGACAUCUUGUUACUGAGUUCAAACCCGUUAAUUAAGUGUGAUUAUUCCUUAAACCUCCAUGUGCAACUCGUAAGCAACCACCUCUCAUAAGUGUCCACUUAUCCAAAACAUCAAAAUUUCCCAGUCGCAGCCCUAUAAUUAGAACCUCUUGUAAAUGACCACCUCUCGUAAGCGAUUGCGACCACUUUUUGGCCUCACAGUUUUGUAGUCACUGUUUUUCACCCCUUGUUAGCGACCACUUGAUGCAUUUUGUGGUCUCAGUGUAUACAAAGAUCAUGUGACAGCAUAUGACUACACUUAGCUUAUAAAUUGCAUGCACUAAAUUCUUUGCUAAAAGGACCUCUUUUUGGCAGAUGCCUCCUGUGGUUUGAUUCUCUUAAGUGACCACUUUCAGUGACCCAUCUUUUAGUUGUAGCUUUUUAAUGCUUUAUUCAAGACUAUUAACCCUUUCUCUGCCAAAUGUGGCCAAAGGCAAAUUUCGAGCAAAUUUCCAAAUUUCAUUUCUAAAAUUUUGACAAACAAAUGGCACCAUGUGAAAGUACAGGCAGAGAGCUUUCAUUUGAAUGGUCACGUCAUAGGAUUUCGUCCACAGACUCAAAAGGUAGAGUUACCUUACAAAACUCCGUCAAACACUCUGGCAGUGAAAGGGUUAAUUGUGCCAAGUUUGAAAAAAUCUGGAUAUUAGAUCCUUUUCAAGGGAAUUGAUACAACCUUGGUAAUCUUGGGGCAACCUCGUUCCCGGGGUGCUCUCCUGCAUGUCCCUAAAAUAGGAGAGAAUCCUGCGAAUGAGGUUGAUCAUGGAGGUUAAAGGGUAUCUUUACACUAUAUCUUUAUAACUGUCUCUGGAAUGCAUUUGUACCUUUUUUGUAUGAUGCUUAUUUCCCUGUAGAAUACUGUGGGCAUCCAAAGAUCUCCGAAUGUUGAUUCUUGAAGGGCCCAAUCUGAUUACUGCCGAGGGAUUUCGGGUACGUCACUUCCUAAUCUCAGUAAAACAAGCCAAUGUUGAAUUGCUUCUUAAGGUUCGAGUACAAGCUGUAGCCUGAGAAAAAAACUGAUAAUUAGAGCUUCUCAUUGGGCGAAACAAAUUUUCAUCCAACCAGAUCAGUGGCGGAUAAGGGGAUGGACCCAGUCAUCCAGACACUUAGGUAAAGGGCGGGGGGUGGUCGCGGGGUAAAGCGGUCUCCACAAUUUUUUUUUGGCUCUUCGGCCUCAGUUUGGUCUAAAAAUAAGAGGGCCCAGGCAUCUUCCCUGGAUCAGCCACCGCAGAGCUCCAUUUAAAGUCUCUGUGUAACUCUUUUGUAACCCUUUUCGUCCACUGCUGACUAACGAAUACUCUAACGUCUCUAGAAUCUGCCAGAUUUUCCUUUGAAAAUUCUGAUAUACAACAAUGCGUCAUAUUCUAAAGUCGCUGCUAUUGUUGAAAAGGUAAGACAAAUUCGUUUUGUUCUCUCCUGUAACAAAAUACACUUCAUGUCUUGUCCCUCGGGAGACCAGUUAAUUUUGUAUGGUGUUUACUGAGACAAGUUUCCUAGACCUCAAUUAGACUUGUACCCAGUCGCUUCACUGUAUGCGCUGUGAUUGAUGGGAAGGAUGUGCUUAUUUCGCGGUGCAUCAAGGGAAGGAACGAAGAAAAACGCAAAGCGUUGUCACUUUUCCUCCCUCCUUCCCAAGCGCCUUUGCGUGCGUCAAAUUGCCUUUACAUAUUCCUUUGCGAAGAAUAAAUAUAAGUGGCGACUGGGUACGAGUCUGGACCUCGUGAAGUGAAGAAUAAGAAGCGAAUCAAAACAAUUUCAGUACUUAUAAGAUCACAAAAACCGAACGAGUGAUUUAUAAAGUACUUCCUCCUUAUUGAUACCUGCAUCUUUUUCGUUUACCAGCUGCUAUCCAGCUGCUUCUUGAGUAACUUUAAAAAUCGUUUCUAUUUUAGCUUGCGGCUCCAUGUUUGUGUUGUUGUGUUAGAACUGGCAGUAUUUUUUUUCCCGCCUUCUCUCGUCACUGGGCCGAGUUAGCUUGGCAAGGACUUCUGGGAUCAUUACGGGGGACGCGCCGGUCAGCUAUAGAACUUUGUCACACGGCGGCCAUUUCGUCUCAGGAAAUUAAAAAGGCUUUGUUUUUGUACGGUUAGCCUCGCAGUGAAAAUGAGGCUAGUCGUGCAAAUACAGAGUUUUUUUCAUCUCUCGGGACAAAAUGGCCGCCACGUGACAAAGGUCUAUUAAAGCUGGUUUUCACUAGCGCCUAAGCAUAAGCAUAAGUAUAAGCACAAGCACAUGUGUAAGCAAGUGAAAACUGGGUGGACAUAAGCAUAGGCACAAGCACAAGAAAAACCACCAGGGUCGUUCUCCUUGUGCUUGUGCUAAUGCUUGGAGUGGUUUUCGUUUGAGUGUCCUAAAACCAAAACCAAAGUAAUUACUCUGGCCAAUCACAUAGGACACAGACAAUACAUUGAACCAAUCAAAACUCGAAGUAAUUACAUGUGGCUGACGCAAAGCGCGGGUGUCACAAUUGGCUUUGGUUUUACUUCUGAUUGGAUGAAAAGGUGGCGCGAAUCUUUUAAGCCAAUCGCAUCGUGUAGAAAGUGCAAAACCAAUUACUUUUCGACACUCAAAUGAAAACCGCUCUAUGUCGUAGCUUUGAUUAGUGAAGACGGGUCGACAUAAGCAUAAGCAUAAGCACAAGGCCGUGGACCAAUCGUAGGUCACUUUGACCCAGACUUUAUGCGAACAUAUCAUAAGCAAUAUGGCGGACGAAGCGUCCGUCGUCUUGUUUAUCAUCGGGUUUAGGAGAGCUGGUAUCGAGAAUUGAGCCAAAUAUGCCAUUCUGCGCGUGCGUAUGUCCUUAUGCUUAUGCUUAUGCGCUAGUGGACACCUUGCUUUAAGGACCUUAAGAUCCCGAAGACGGGUACGGCAGCGAAAACGUCGCUGAAAGAGUGAAUUCGCGUUCUUUCAAUCUUCAUCGCGAUUACUUCAAGUCACUAACUUUGUCAAAUGUAGGUGAACCCUCCUAAAGUUGAAUCGACCAUUUUACAGCUGGGGGUUUAGUAUCCUAGCCUUUGGCUGAACGUGAGGCUGGAUUGACCUUACUUUGAUACAAACCUCUUUCCUUUUCUUAUGGAAAUUUUGCUAUACUAGUUAGCAUAAGAGCAAUAUACACUUAAUGUCAGAUCGAAGGAAAACAUAUAGCCAACUGGUUUCCUGAGGGACCUAACAUAUAUUUGUCGACUUUCACUUCAACAGCAACAAAAGAAUAACCGGAGCGAAUUAAAAUAGUCCACUCGGUACUUAUAAGAACACAAAUUUAAUCCUCAAAACCACUGAAUGAAUGAUUUACGUAUUACUUUCCUUAUAUCAUCGGCAUCUUUUUCCCCUAUAGCUGCAGUUUCUUUUCUGGGAUAACUUUGAAAAUUAAUCCUUGAAUUCGGUUUCCGUCCUUGAAAAGUACUGGAUUUCUUUAUUAGGUCUUAAAAAGUCUUUGAAAUUCACAACCUUGUCUACGCCAGACACCUUUUUCUGUAAAAUUAGAUUAUUUUACCGUGGAAAAUUUGGCUCAUCCUCGGUGUAAGAACCUGUAAAACUCACGGGUAACGUAAAAACAUUUUUGUGCAUGAAGAACAUUUUAUUUCUGUUUCUGUUUUUCAAGUGCUAUUUCUGUACCUCAGAUGUAAUUGCAAGUCAUACCCAAUCAUUUCGCAAAGUUUCUGACGUGUUUUAGCCAAUAGGGUAAUCAAAGGGAAUUAGAGAAUGCCGAUUUAUUAAAUAAAUCUUAGUCCUUAAAAACUGUAAUUUAUCCUUGAAAAAUCCUUGGAAAAGUCCUUGAAAGUUGUGCGAACCACGUUUCGGUUAUUAAACCUAUUGCUUUUUUUACGUUCUCGUUGCCGUCGCCGUUGUCGGAUCUUUAAGGUCCCCUAUGGCAUUUUUUGCCCCUGUUCUCGGUAACAUUCCCAGGGGUCUUUGCGCAAGUUAACGCGGCCCAGUUUUCUUCUCGAUUUUAUCACGAUGGGGAUUCAUAUGAAUUUGGGUAAGGCCACGUGACCAAGAAUCAACCAAGGGUAGUCCUUUUUUAGUUGAGUGAAAGUUUAAUAUAUACAUUGUAGCUCCGCCUGGAAUAUUUUCCCAUUCCUGAUGAUGUUGUUGAUCGGCGAAAGCUGGGAUGCCAAGUUCAUUAUUAAAAACAGUAGUUCAAGGCCUCAAUUGAACAAUAUUUUUAUUUUCAAUCAAGCUGCUGAAGGACAAUAUCAACAUAUUUUUAAUAAUAAUAUUAUAACAAUAUAAAAUAUAUUAUAUUACGUGGACUUUGAACACAACUAUGCUUUAUAGGUAACAUCAGUAUUUUUAUAUUUCAGUGGCAUCAUUGUUUGGAAAGUUUAGAUCUUUCUUCUAAUAGAGGUGUUGACGACGAAUGCAUGAAGUUAUUGAGUAAUUUCGGGAUGCAAAAGCUGAAGUCGUUAAAUCUGAGCAACACGAUUAUAACUUCAGAUGGUGUGAGGUGAGCGAGAUCUUUUUAAUACUCGACUUUUAAUUACUGUUAACUCAAAACAGGAGCCCAUAAGUCGGACAGAACUACCAUGUACUUUUGUGGUACGGCGUUUUUACCGACUAAUUUAUUUUUAGAACAGUUUUGGCUUGAAUUUCUAAAGUAUAUAUAUUUUAAGUCCCACUCAUACUAGGAAGCAAAACCGAGAGACCUAAAAAUGAUAUUUGUUUUAUCCUUUCAUGACGUUAAGUUUUAUUUUUUGGUAGGCGCUGAUACAGGGAGCAGACAUUCCGCUUUCGCGGGAAAAAGUGCUCUUAAAUGUGUUUCUAAAAUUGAACCGAUCCGUGAAAACGCCGUGACUAAGGCCUAGUAUGGGAGUUGCCUACACCGGGUCAUGGGUUCCAGCUAAAAAUGAUUCUCUAAACAUUCCAUAGCAAAGCAAAAUAAUACAGUCGUAGAUAAAAGUUUUAACCCCGGAUCAGCGCCUAUCGACCUUCCGGGAACCAAGCUCAGGUGUCUAGAGGCGGGUUAGAAAGCGAAAUAUUCAGCUAUGCGUAUCGAACACUCAAAAAAUAAAACUUGUUAUUUAAUCCUCGUCUCGCUGGCUUGAUAUAGGAUCGUGUUUGAUGUAUUGCCUUUCGGCGUUUCGAUAUCGGGUGAACCACUCCUCGUGUUCGGUGUAUCGCCUCUUGGUGUUUGGUUAUCGGAUGUAACACUCUUUCUCGUGUUUGACUUAUAAAUGUGAAACACUCCUUCUCGUGUUUGAUAUAUUGCUUCUCGGUGUUUGGAUAUCAAAUGAAACACUUCCUCUCGUGUUUGAUAUAUUACUUCACAGUGUUUGUUUAUCAGAUAAAACACUCCUCGUGAUUGAUAUGUUACUUCUCGGUGUUUGGAUAUCAAAUGAAACACUUCCUUUCGUGUUUGAUUACUUCUUGACGUUUGGAUAUCAGAUAAAACACUCCUUCUCGUGUUUGGAUAUCAGAUGAAAGACCUCUUAUCGUGUUUGAUAUGUUUCUUCUUGUUGUCUGGAUACCACAUACAAAAACUCCUUCUCGCGUUUGAUGUAUUACACUUCUCGGUGUUUGGAUAUCGGAUGCAACACUCCAUCUCUUGUUUAAUUGUUCGCAAUCCUACGAAUUCGUCCGAUCGGAAGGGGUCCGGAGGAAAAUGGUCAGCGUACAUUUGCAUGCGUCUUGGGUUUUGGGUAGCCUGUGGUGACUCGAUCAAGAAAGAAAACAACAUGGGCGACAAUUUGCUGUCUCUAUGAUCGAUUUUGGUCAAAUUUCCGAUAUUUUAGCGACCUCAGUGACACGCGAACUCAAAUAAUGGCGACGGAAGACGAAGAUCUUUCAGCUUCGGUUAUAUUUUUGGGGAUUUUUCUCGGGAAUGGUCGUGUUUUUCGAUUAGUUCUGCAGCGAACUAGGAGGCUGAGCAUUCAAACAGUUCAACUUUUAAGUGUGUGGUGCUGUCGAGGAAUGGUGCUGGAUUUAUAGGCUUGAAAGGUAACUCGAAGCAAAAGUUGUCAUUUUACAAAGAAACAUAUGCAAAUAGCGCCAUUUUGUAUCGACCGGUCAAAGGUUUUAGCCAUUCUUUCAUAGUUUUAACGCUGUUUAUUCUGCUUGUAUGACAUUGGAUCGAUCUUUUAUACUCCUGGGCUUUGAUAUAUGUUGCUGUUUAGAGUAAUCAUGCGGUGAUAAACUUUAUGAGCAACCAUUUUGAGACAUAUUUUCAGGGCUGUCAACCCCCGACGUAUUCAAAUAUUGAGAAUUGAUAGGGGAGCGAUGGUAGAUGACGUCAUUACGCACGGCACGUGACGUCAUUUGUGCUUAAAAUACUCUCCGAUCGUCACGAAUUUGCGAUGACACAAAACGCGCGAAAAAGAUGUUUUUGCCUUGUAACCUAUGACCUGAUUGGUCUACUUCCCACCCAAUCACAUUAUUUUCACGGCAUACCGGAGCCGUUUAUGAGGAAACGUUCGGUGUUAACAUUACAAUAGCUCAAACAACGCAAAAGAGUUGAAAAUUUAUAGUCGGAAAAUCGAGUCUACUGAAGAAAUGGCAAACUUCGGCGAUUAUCCGGAAGAUUUCAUACUCUAAUCUGGAGACCGGAAGAUACCCUCCUAAAUCUGGAGUCUCCCGGGAAAAUGACAGCAUUGUAUGUUUGUCAAGUUUUUAUAUGUUGAAAAUUUCCAAAAUACGAUUUUUGGUUUUUUGGUACCGAAUGCGUGGUGGCUUCAAGGAAAAUAUCCCCAAACAGUCUAGGUCAAUUUUGACAUCAUACUAUUAAGAUCGAUGCCAAGAAAUAAAUCCUUUCUUGGUGGUAUUUUUAGCGGCCUUUUCUUUCCCAGAAACUUGAGAACGAAAGGGUUAAAAGUACUUGAAAUACUUAAGUAUUUUUGCGACAGCCAUUCCGACAUGUGCAUUUUCAUUCGUUACAGGAAUGUUAUUAAUGGCUGUCCCAAUCUAAAUGACUUGAAUAUAUCCUCGUGCCGAGGAUUACCUCGAGGGGUGAGAAACCAUCAUGGAGAACUGGGAAUUCGCAGUCUUCCAUGGAGGAUAGCUGAAGAAGAGACUAGCGAUUGAAGCGAUAAAUACCGCAGCUACACUGUAUAUUAAUAUUUUUUAGACUUUUCGGUGAAGAUGCAAUUUUUUAACCAUGACAAAAUAUAGAUUUAAUGUACAUUAUUAAUACACUGACCAAAACGGGGGAAGAAUGGUUCAAACUCUAAGGUGCCGUCCAUACUACCUCUGUAACCUGGCUUCAGGGGAGGGAGCAAGGGGGAGAGCAGUGUUGAGAGCACUCGCCUCCCACCAAUGUGGCCCGGGUUCGAAUCCUGGCGUCGACGCCAUAUGUGGGUUGAGUUUGUUGUUGGUUCUCUCCCUUGCUCCGAGAGGUUUUUCUGCGGGUACUCCGGUUUUCCCCUCUCCUUGAAAACCAACGCUUUUAAAUUCCAAUUCGAUCUGGAACGCACGGACACGUCUCAACGAGUUCUUUUGAACUCCUUAGUGAUCCUUGGGUAAACAAAUAACAAUUUUAACAACAUUUUUUAACCUACGAGCAAGCUCUCCUGUUUGGGCGAGUGAAACAGGUCUCGCGAGAACGCGCGAGGCUCGCUUCGCUUGCUCAAAUAGGAGAGCUUGCUCGCAGGCUAAACAUUUUUCACAGGUCCGUUUUUGAAAUACUUGGGAUGAAAAAAUUUUAACGCACGGUUUCGGGACAAGCUUCAACAUUUUACCCGAAGGGAAAAUUUAACCCUCGUUUUUUUUUUAACUUUAAAGUGGCAUUCCUAUUCCGCCCAAAAUCAGAUACCGAUAGGUAACCGUUUUCAAGGUUUCCUUUUUCACUAGUCCACAUGAUGUCAGGAAAACUGCAUUUCUUAAAGUUUACACUCUGUAGAGUGUUUUUAAAAGGCUGCGUUUUCGAAGAACGUUUUUAACGAAUACUUGGGCGAAUCCGCAAAAAAUACCGUUUACAAAACACCAAAACGUAUGAACGGGACCUUGGUCAGGACGCUACUAAUCCCUUCAGAU